UCUGCAGGACAUGCUCAACCUUUGUCAGUCCAUGUUCCUUUCCUAAGUCACCAUCCGCAGCAGAGGCAGCAGCAGAGCUAGAGGUUUCUCCCAUAGGUGUCUCAGAGACAGACCCGAAGCUCCAUACACAACACACCUGAAGGCUCUAUGACCACAGCAACUGCUCUCAGGGGCCAGCGGCACAGACCUUUUCAGAGCAGUAAAGCUGACCUGCGCUCAGUCCCCUGUUGAGCGGUCUGCAGUGGCUGAUGCGGCUUUAGCUUUAGAGGUUUUCUCUGUCUCCAUUUGUCACACCUGGUGCUUCACUCUGUCCCCCCCCCCCGUCGCUCGUGGCUUCUGUCUGAGAGUGGGUCAUUUUUGUCGCUGAAGAAGAGGAGGACAAGAACGUUUUUUGUGGGGGCUUGUCCACAUUCUCCAGAGGGCUUUACUUUUCCCAGUCUCCUUUUUUUUAACAUAUACCUCCAGCUUGCAUAUUUUUCUCCUGCCUGCCUACGUUUGACUACUGUUUGACUAACUGCAGCCAUGUGGGAGUUCCGGUCCAUGACGUUCUGGCGGGCGGUGUUUGCCGAGUUCUAUGGCACCAUGUUCUUUGUGUUCUUUGGCCUGGGAGCGGCCCUCCGCUGGACCACCGGGCCUCACAACGUUCUCCACAUCGCCUUCUGCUUUGGGCUGGCGGCCGCCACGCUCAUCCAGUCCAUUGGCCACAUCAGCGGCGGACACAUCAACCCGGCCGUCACCUUCGCCUACCUGAUCGGCUCUCAGAUGUCCCUGUUCCGCGCCGUCUUCUACAUCUGCGCCCAGUGCCUAGGAGCCCUGGCCGGUGCUGCCGUGCUAUAUGGGGUCACACCCAACAACAUGAGGGGUAACCUGGCUCUCAACACACUGCAGCCUGGCAUAAGCCUGGGCAUGGCCACCACCAUGGAGGUGUUCCUCACCAUGCAAUUGGUCGUCUGCAUCUUCGCCGUGACAGACGAGAGGAGGAACGGCCGCCUGGGCUCCGCCGCCCUGGCCAUUGGCUUCUCUGUGCUCAUGGGUCACCUCCUGGGGAUGUACUACACUGGAGCUGGAAUGAACCCUGCCAGAUCUUUUGCCCCUGCUGUGAUGGUCAGAAACUUUGUAAACCACUGGGUGUACUGGGUAGGUCCCAUGAUUGGUGGGGCCAUGGGCGCUCUGCUCUACGACUUCAUGCUGUUCCCCCGCAUGCGUGGACUGGCCGAGAGGCUGGCCGUGCUCAAGGGCAACAGACCCCCUGAGGCUGAGGGACAGCAGGACACCAGGGGAGAGCCCAUCGAGCUGAAGACACAGGCCUUAUAAAUACCACCGACAGGGGCAUCGUCCUGAGCCCCCACACACAGGCACAGACACACACACACAGACAGACACACACCUACACAUGUGUACCUUUACCCAAGUCACACAGCUUGCUUUAGCACCAAAAACCACCACAGUGACAAUAGCCUCCUCCUGUACACAUGCACACACACACACACACACACACGCAUCUGCUCAUACAGAGGUCUCACAGUCACUUACCCAUGCAAACACAAGGAAAGACAAAGACAAAAAAAAAAACGAAACCCUCUUCCCUCUACUCCAUUGUCCCUUCCAUCCCGCCUGGCCCUCUCAUCUCAGCGUUCCACUCAUCCCACCACCUUCCCCUGCAGGACAAAGAUGGACAGGGGAGAGAGGAGGACUCCCCCCCUGAAGACGGUGCUUGCUCGCUUGCUCACUCUUGGGCUUGCUGCUGA